AUGUCCCGAAGACUAAUCGAACACCGUCGCUCUGCUCAGAUUCCAGCGAGCGUGCUUCAGCAGACACUGAAUAUCAGUAAGCGAUGCUCCAACUUCUGCUGUUCGGAAUUCUACAACGCCGUAGAGGAAGAAGUGAAAGCACCGACUGACCCUUUACAGAACGAACCACAUCCGAUCUUCGCCCGCGAACAGUUUACCUUCGAUCCCGACUUCACAGAAGAACGGGCAGACGACGAAUGGGAGUUUUUGAUACCCACCCUCCGACUUGCAACCAAGCUCAUGACCACCGAUGCCUUCAAGAAGCACAUUGUCGGGCUUGUAGACGGAGAUAUUUAUCACGCGGCAUCGAAUGCUCAAAAGCCUCGGAGAGGACGAAAGAUCAAAUGUCUGUUGCAGACCUUCACGCCUGAAUGGCAGCCCAAAGACAUCUCGAUCUACCCCAAGCAGAAACACAUCGACGACGCUAUGCGAUCCAGAGCAGAAGAAAUCAUGAUGCAGCUAGUCAACUUGGUCAGCUUCAGCGUCAUAGAUGACACCGAAGAUUUCUCUGGUGUGACCGAGGCCGUCAUUGGCCCUCUCCCAGAUGACAUCCCCCUCGCCUUCUCAUAUGGCUGCAAAUCCCACAUCACAUUGGCGUGGGGGCCAACAGCGCAGCCUUGCACAGAUGAGCGCAACCUACUCAACGCUCAACUUGCAAACGCAACCACCCUCCUGCACGAGACCUUCGGCCAUGCUCUCAUGGCUGCCCGCGUGGGACAUCGUUGCCCGGAGCCAUACCUUCGAAACUGUACCCUAUCUGAAUGUGGCCACGAUGUGAUCAGCGCCAUCUUCGGUGGCAUCAUUCAAAACAUAAGAAUCGAUGUUUCACCGGAGUGGCAGAAUGAGCUUCGCUGCCGAGAAAUUGAUGAGGAUAAACGGGUCCUCAGCCUGAUCGAUUGGCCUUCCAACAACAUCGCUCAUAGAUAUAUCUCCGCUGAAGAUGCUACGUUCGGCAGUCGAAGCGCAGUGGGACAUUUCGACAAGAUCACCCGUAUCCCAGAAAGCUUUCUCUCUGAUAUCCACUCCGAACGGUGGUGGGCUGAGCGUGAGCAGAAUUGUACCAAGGCGGAACUCGAAGGCCCUCUUGUUCCUCGAAACGGCCCAAAGUGGAUUAUCAAAUGGGUGGGAGAACGGGUGAAACGCUUCACCGACUGUCACGAACUCCGCAAUGAUAACACCUGGGUAGGAGAGCAAGGUCGCGAAACGUGCGGUCCCCAAUUCGGAGAGGACUCAAGCGUUGAAUCGAUGUUCGUCGAGAAUGCUCCGUCCGCCGACCUCCCGGAAUGGGUUCGAGAGGAAAUUGACAAGAUCGCUCGCAAGCGAGAUUCCUCUCGUGAAUUGGGAUUGUCCGAUGACCGGGUGAGAGCGGCUGGCAUCUUUAUGGAUAUCUAUGAUUCUCCACAGGAGCAGACUGAUCGAAGAAACUCCGUGGAAGUAUUCAUUGACGAUACCGAAGCCGAGUACCCGGGAAAAGCUCUAGACCAAGCUGACAGGACGCCCAAUCCAAGGGAACGAAGGAACACGCUUCCGGGAAAGCACAAUCUCGAGGAAGACGACGAGAGCUACGGACACUACGUUUCAUUCGAGAACUUCAUGGAGGACGUGAGGAACUUAAGUGUUGACCAACAAGCUGCCACCAAGCUCGCAGCACCUUCUCGCCCUGUGACUUUGUCCACGAAGGUCCGACAGGAGCUGAGUGAGCUGAGCAUCGGACAAGGUGCUGGUAACAAGCGAAAAAGGCCAGUCGCUGAUGAGGGUGACAGGUCUCAAGUACACUCCUACCGAAGGAUCACUACCUAA